AUGGCUUUGCUAUUGAGAAGGCCGUUUCAUUCUUCGACAGGGUAUUGGAGGUUGAGAUUGCCAUCUUACUACCGACAUAAAAAGGCUACUGACCCUCAAAAACAGGACGCCGAGUAUUAUGAAAAGGCCGCUCGCGCUUUACCAUUGGAUGACCACUAUAUCGAUAAUUUAAAACUUCUUUAUGAAGAUAAGGUUGCGUAUGAAAAAGAUUUACGAUAUAAAGCAGAGGAUUUACUGGUUGGUAGAAGUCCGAGCGACUGGUUACCCAAAAUCGAUCUUGCAUUGCCUAGGGUUGGUUACGAAGAAAUUGACGUGCUAUCUAAGGCACCAGAUUCAGUGAAGCGAAUCUUUAGUGUCGGCUAUGGUACGCGUCGCGAUCUGACAGAUGCUUGGAAGAAAGCGUUAACUAGUCAAGUCCGUAAGCAUGCGCUGGAUAAGAGCUCUUUAGAAAUGAAAAUUGCUUGGCUAACAGCUCUCAUUCGACAUUGGAGUUUGCUAGUUGAAGAAAUCGACAAUAAGCCCAGAAAACCCAGAUGGUUGUUUCAUAAAAUUAAGCUUGCUAUUGAUUGCCGGAGAAAAUUUUUACGGUUAUUACGUGAAACGGACAGCGAAGCUUUUGAAAAAGCAAAGGAUUUGAAAAUUGCUUAUAUUGUUCCAAAACUUCCUGAAGAAACUGUAGAAAAUAGACGGAAAGCGUGGGUUGAGGCGCAGUUAACAAAACGUGUGGAAAAAGAGAAGGAAGCGCGUUUGGCUGAAUUGCAUGAAAAGUUUUUAGACGGGAUUGAAGAGUUUGAUAGGAAGACGGAAGAGCGGCUCACUGAGUUAGAAGAAGAGAAAAAGAAGUUGCUAAAGCGAAUAGAGGAGAUUUCUGCGGAGGAAAGAGGGUUCAGUGAGACUAAUGUCCCAAAAUAUUAUCCUCACGUGAUAGGUUCUUUGUCGGAACUGAUGAAGAACAUAGAUCUUUUUGGUCAUCCUCCACCAACCGAUUCAAGAAGGAAGUGA